AUGUUUAGCAAAUUCUUCAAAUAAUAAACAGAUUUUGAGAAGGCUCUAUUUAAUAGUUCCAUUUUGAAUAACAAACCCUUUCUGAACAUUGGCGAUCUAAAAUAGCUCAUGCAAGGAUUUCCUUAGGAAAAACAAUUGAUUUGUCGUACUCCACAACCAAUCAAGAAAACCUUUUAGAAAUUCUUUUAGUCUCUCCCUGAUAAAGUAUUAUAUAGAGUAAAACUUAAAAUCUUGGCCACUUGCCAUGUUCUUUUGGAUGAUUUCCUGCAUGGCGAAUAGUUUUCAGAAUCUCUACUCGACUGGGAUGGAUUUCGUUAUAAGUAAACCUAAGCAAAAUAGGUUGUAGGGAGAAGAACCAAGACAAAGAGAAGUUUAUAAUGAUGUAUUUCGAAAUGCUGCAAAGAUUGGCCAAUGGUCUGCACUUACUAAAAAUGGCCAAAUCACAAAAGACUUAUACUUUGGACAGUAAUGUUAAAUAUUAUUUAAGGUUUUAUCGAAAAUUAAUCUAAUUAUUAUAAAGCAAUCAAUCUAUUAACAGUUAUUUUUAACUACAUGCCAGUAUGAGUAUAUAAUUCAUCAUUAGAUAAUUAAAUCAGAAUUGGACAAACAUCAAGAAGAAAUAAUUGGAGAAAUUGUAUUACUUGUGUGGAAUGACGUGAUAGCAAUCUAUCUGUUUUUUGAGAAGUUCUAAUUAUUUUUAUUAAUAGGAUAAUAAUGGAGUUCAUCCUUGAUUUUCAAUCAAUACAAUACCCCAUAUUCUUUUAGGUUUACAAUUUGGUCCCUGAUUACAUAAGAUUAACAUAAUAAAUAUAAUAAUUUUAUAAGUUGAACGAUCAUUUUCAAGAGGAAAAACAGUUUACAGAACCCUAAUGGAAGAUAGUAGAAUAAAAAAUGUUAGAUGAAUUGGAAUUAUUUAAUUAAAAACUAAAAAUACAAUCUGCUAGAGGUCGAUUAGUUAAGAACAAAAGCAAAGCAUCAUUUAGUACUCAAUUAUUAUCACCAUAACAUCAAUCAUCUGGGUCAUUUCUAUUUGGAAACACAACCUUAGGUUAUGUUAAAAGAUUGUCAACAGUCGAUGAUCCCUUUGACAAUAGCGAAGAAGUGUCCAAAAAAUAUAAAAUUAUGAUUAAAUGA